CUGAUAUGUAUUAACCAUUUAUAUAGUCAUUUUUAUGUCUCACGUGUACGUUAAGAAAUACCGAUUCUUCUUUUGAGCAACUUAUCUAUUCUUUCUUAUAAUGGAUGGUAUUGAUUUAUUUGAUACGUUUUGUACGACACAUAAGCUGCAACUUGAGUCUUAUGGUGUUCCGCAAUUGUUUUGGAAAAUUUUAUUCAAGAAGAUACAAAAUCAGAUUUAUGAUGCUGGCCUCGCUUUUCAAUUGAUGCAAGUGGAAUAUGAAAAUGGAGAAAGGCAUGUCACUGAACCGAUAUGGAAGCUAAUUGUAUCUGCAGAGAAGGGUAUUUCUGUUGAUGAUUCCAACAAUAUUUACCUUAUUGACCACGCAUGGACGUACGAUGUUAGCAGUGCUCAACAGAAUUUAAUUCAAGUACCUGGUCUACUCAAUCGUAUGUGCGUUCUCAUGGGAAUAAAUACUGAGGCAGAUGAACAGGAGAAAAUUGAAAAUGUUCUGAAUGAAAUGUGGCGUUACAAUCAGUCAUAUUCAUUGAAUUAUGGGAAUAUAGAAGACAGAAUGCCAGUAUGGUAUAUUAUGGACGAAGUUGGUUCAGCAAUAAAUCACAGUGAUGAGCCAAAUUUUCGAGCCGUGCCUUUUCUAUAUAUGCUGGAUGGUGUAAUUUAUACGCUUCUGUUUCCUAUAAAAGAUUCUGUUGCAGGAGAUGAAGUUACGAGAGAUUUUGCAGAAGGCCAAACGAAAUGUCCUGAAAAAAGAUGUGCACUGUUAUUACCUUGGAUCCAUAGCACUUUUAAAGAUGAAAAUUUUGAUCAGAGCGAGCCAGAUGCAGAUUAUUUUUUGACAGGCCAUAUUCCUGAAAGUUUGCCGAAAAAUCUUGACACGAUUAGGAUAGAUACUAGCAGAAAAUUAAAGGUUUUUUCAGAAUACAGUUAUGUAAAUGAUUAUUUGACAGAUCCAGCAUUUGAAGUUACCGAUAAUAGAGAAGAGGCAGAUAUACUAUGGCUCGUGUCUCACUACAAAACGUACGAGGAACUGAAUGUUUCCUUGCCACACGUUUUUAUAAAUCAAUUUCCAUACGAGAACGUGUUAACGACGAAAGAUCUCUUAUCGAUUAUAUGCAGAAGAAAAGCGACGGACAAAUUGUACGACCCGGAUACUCUCGAAACGUAUCCAACUUGGUUACCAACGACGUAUAAUUUGAGCACGGAAUUAGUACAAUUUGUCGCGUAUUUCACGCGACGAGCUGAGAAGAAUCUGGAUAAUCAUUGGAUCUGCAAACCGUGGAAUUUGGCGAGAGGCUUGGAUACUCACAUCACGAAUAAUCUGUAUCACAUUCUACGAUUGCCUUUUACAGGACCGAAAAUCGCGCAAAAAUACAUCGCCUGCCCGGUUCUAUAUAAUAGACCGGAUAUCAAUCAAGUGAAAUUUGACAUACGAUAUGUCGUGUUGCUGAAAUCGGUAAAGCCACUGCGCGUAUACGCCUAUGCGAACUUCUUCCUGCGUUUCGCAAAUCAAUCGUUCGCGCUGAACAAUUUUAACACAUACGAGCAACAUUUCACCGUAAUGAAUUACACCGAGGAGAAUUCGCUGUUCCACAUGAAAUGUGCCGAUUUUAUUAUAGAAUGGGAAAAUCAGUAUCCUGAUUAUUCUUGGAGAACUUAUGUCGAACCGAAGAUUCUGUCUGUGUUACGACAAGUUUUUGAAGCCGCAGUCGCGCAGCCACCACCGAAAGGAAUAGCUGAGAGUCCGCAGAGCAGAGCCGUGUACGCUGCCGACUUGAUGCUAGAAUGGCGAGAUAAUGAAAUGCAACCUAAACUAUUGGAAAUAAAUUUUACGCCCGAUUGCAAGCGGGCGUGCGAAUAUUAUCCGGAUUUCUAUAACGAUAUUUUUAAAUGCUUGUUUCUGGAUAUUGACAAUCCAGAAGUAUUUCAUAAGUUGGAUUCAGUCGAAUAACAUCAGAUUGUUUAUAUAAUUUCUAAUUAUUUUGAUAAUUUUAUUUUUGUUAUAUAUAAAAUAAGUGAUACAGAUAAAUAUCAUGAAAAAUAUGGAAAAUAUGAAAAAAAAACAUUUCAGAUAAAAGUUAUAGAAAUCUUUUCUUCUCUUCUUUUAUUCAAUUGAAAUUCUACAAUUUGUCUAAAACACUUUUCCAUAUCUUCUAUAUUUUUUCAAGGUAUACGAGUCAUUUAAAGUGGGCCAUUUUAUAUAUAUAGUUUUGUUAAAAUUUUAAUAAAUAUAAAGCAAUUUUCAAA